AUGAGGACCUGGAAGGCCGUGGCCGUCACGGGGGCCUUCAUGAGCGUGGACGUGAGCAUCACCACGGUGCUCUAUGCCUUCAGUCAUCGAGACCGGGACGUGCUGCAGGACCUGAGAGACUUCAACAUCUUCGACUCGGUGCUGGACCUCUGGGCCGCCUGCCUGUACCGGAGCUGCCUGCUUCUGGGGGCUACCAUCGGCGUGGCCAAGAACAGCGCCCUGGGCCCGCGGCGGCUGCGGGCCUCCUGGACCUUCAUCACCUUGGUGUGCCUCUUCGUGGGCAUUUACACCAUGGUGAAAAUGCUCCUCUUCUCCGAGAUACGCAAGCCCAUCCGGGACCCCUGGUUCUGGGGCCUCUUUGUCUGGACCUACGCCUCCAUCGCGGCCACCUUCUUCCUCUGGUGGCUGCUGUCCACCGUGCAGCCGGGCCACCGGGCGCUGGAGACGGGGGCGCCGGGCGAGGGCGUGGGCUACGCCACAGAGGGACAGCCGAAGCAGGAGGAGGCGUCGGGGGCCACGCUGCAGAAGCUUCUGUCCUACACCAAGCCCGACCUGGCCUUCCUGGUGGCCGCCUCCUUCUUCUUGGUGGUGGCCGCUCUCGGAGAAACGUUCCUCCCCUACUACACUGGCCGGGCCAUCGACGGCAUCGUCAUCCAGAAGAGCAUGGACCAGUUCUCCACGGCCGUGGUCAUCAUGUGCCUCCUCGCCAUCGGCAGCUCAUUUGCCGCAGGUAUUCGGGGCGGCAUUUUUACGCUCGUCUUUGCCAGACUCAACAUCCGUCUCCGUAACUGCCUCUUCCGCUCCCUGGUGUCGCAGGAGACGAGCUUCUUCGAUGAGAACCGGACAGGGGACCUCAUCUCCCGCCUGACCUCGGACACCACCAUGGUCAGUGACCUCGUCUCCCAGAACAUCAACAUCUUUCUCCGAAACACAGUCAAGGUGACCGGCGUCGUCGUCUUCAUGUUCAGCCUCUCUUGGCAGCUCUCCCUGGUCACCUUCAUGGGCUUCCCCAUCAUCAUGAUGGUGUCAGACAUCUACGGCAAGUACUACAAGCGGCUUUCCAAAGAGGUCCAGAAUGCCCUGGCCAGAGCCAGCAAUACAGCUGAGGAGACCAUAAGUGCCAUGAAGACAGUCCGGAGCUUUGCUAAUGAGGAAGAGGAGGCUGAGGUGUAUGCCCGGAAGCUGCAGCAAGUGUACAAGCUGAACAGGAAGGAAGCCAUGGCCUACACGUACUAUGUGUGGGGCAGUGGGCUCACGCUGCUGGUGGUGCAGGUCAGCAUCCUCUACUAUGGGGGCCACCUCGUCAUUUCAGGCCAGAUGACCAGCGGGAACCUCAUCUCUUUCAUCAUCUAUGAGUUUGUUCUAGGAGACUGUAUGGAGUCGGUCGGCUCUGUCUACAGUGGCUUGAUGCAGGGAGUAGGAGCAGCCGAGAAGGUGUUUGAGUUCAUUGACCGGCAGCCGACCAUGGUACAUGAUGGGAGCCUGGCCCCUGACCACCUGGAAGGCCGUGUGGACUUUGAGAACGUCACCUUCACCUACCGCACCCGUCCUCACACGCAGGUCCUGCAGAAUGUGUCCUUCACCCUUUCUCCGGGGAAGGUGACGGCCCUCGUGGGGCCCUCAGGGAGUGGGAAGAGCUCCUGUGUCAAUAUUCUGGAGAAUUUUUAUCCCCUGGAGGAGGGUCGGGUGCUGCUAGAUGGGAAGCCCAUCAGCUCCUAUGACCACAAGUACCUACACAGAGUGAUCUCUCUGGUGAGUCAGGAGCCUGUUCUUUUUGCCCGCUCCAUCACAGACAACAUCUCCUAUGGGCUGCCCACUGUGCCCUUUGAGAUGGUGGUAGACGCAGCCCAGAAGGCUAAUGCUCAUGGCUUCAUUAUGGAGCUGCAGGAUGGCUACAACACGGAGACCGGAGAAAAGGGUGCCCAGCUGUCUGGUGGCCAAAAGCAGCGCGUCGCCAUGGCCAGAGCCCUGGUGCGGAACCCACCUGUUCUCAUCCUGGAUGAGGCUACCAGUGCCCUGGAUGCAGAAAGUGAAUAUAUGAUCCAGCAGGCGAUCCACGGCAACCUUCAGAAGCACACGGUCCUGAUCAUCGCCCACCGCCUGAGCACCGUGGAGAAGGCUCACAGCAUCAUCGUCCUGGACAAGGGGCGCGUGGUACAGCAGGGCACCCACAAGCAGCUGCUCACCCAGGGCGGCCUCUAUGCCAAGUUGGUUCAGCGUCAGAUCCUGGGCCUGGAAGCGGGCAGCGACGACGACAGCGGAGGUAGCGGGAGCAGCCGGCAGGAGAUGAUGCUCUUUACCUCCAGCCACAAGGAGCCCCCAGACGGGCACAGCGACGUGCACAAGGCAUGAGGCCCUCCUCCCUCCACCCCAUCCCCACCCCAGGAUGGGAGCGGAGGCUGCCUUGCCUGAGCUGGCAGAAGCACCUGAGGGAGGCCCAGGGCAGCCCCACCCAGAACCCGCCGGGACCUGGGGGCCCGUCUUACUUGAAGGCAGAGGCUCAAGUCCACUCCCAUAGAGGGCAAGGCCUGUUAACUAGUCGAGCACAUGCCGCUUCAUGCUUCCCUCCUGUCCUCGAGAUCAUCCCCUCCUCCUCCCGGCACCUCUAGGCCGGGCUUCGUAGCAGAAACUGGAGGUGUUCCCUUCGCAAGCACCCGUGCUCCCCCUCACCAGGCAGGGCCAUCCCACCCAUGCCAGGGUGGUGAAACGUACUGCUCCUCUCCCUGGUCCCUGCCCCUUCCCUGCCUGAGUUAUAGAGUCAUUGGUGGGGAGGGGGCCCAUACUCGUAGUUAUGUCCUGGUGCCCACCCAACACCACAUUGGCAGGUCCUCCUGCCCAGGCGCCUGUGGGGGGAGUCAGAGGCCCAUUUUUAAGCUUCCUGAGAGCUUUUGAUUGUUGUUCUUUAAAAAAAAAAAUCACUUCUCCAUUAAAUAGCUAGGAAAGAUUCUGGGUUAGUCCCAUGAGAAAUUCCCCAAACCUCUGUUACCCCUGGGAUCUGAGGGUGAUUCAUCCUCCCACUGGAAAAGAGGCCAGUGCUAGCCCCGUGGAGGUUAGGGUCUGCAACCACGCCCAUUCUCACCAUCCACUUUUGUGGGAGCUCUCCCCAGGCUGCCCCCUGCCCUAGCACGGGAGAGGAGAUGACACGGUUCCAGCCGGCUGCAUCCCUCCUAGGGAAGGGCAUCUCCUAUGUUCCGGGGGCCUCAGAGUGGGAGGCCCAGCCCUGCUCCCUUUAUCCCCUCGCCCCCUGCCUGCUGAGUUAAGGAGGGCCACCGGGCCAGGCCAGGCUGGAGUGAGGGGGACGUCCAUCCUCAGGGUCUUCCUUCUUCCAGUGCCGCUGAAGCCAAGCCAGACUCACUGUGAACCACAAUGAACCUUAAUCCUGGGGAGUGAGGGGCCAGACGGCACCCAGGCUGCAGGGCGCAGACCAUGGCACUGCCUUGGGGCGGCUGGCACCCAUCUCCAGCACUUUAGGCACCCCCCAUGCCCCAGCCCCCUGUCCCUGCCAGCUGGCAGCCUCCCCUUCUCCUCUGCUCUCUGCUGUUUGCAGGUCUUUUGAUUGUGAUGUUCUGUUCUCUGUUUGUAGGGUUGCUGGGAGGGUCAGGGGAAGCUGAGCCUGUUUGGGGGCUUUUCCCCAGCCCUUGGGGAGCCCUCCUCUCAAUAAAGUACUACCUCUGUCCCUCCA